AUGUCUACAACUGAGUCGAAACUACUUGGCUGCCUGCUGCAGCUGCUCUGCCUGUUCGCCACAGCCAGUGCGACCUGUAACGUCUGCAACGCCGUCAACAACAUGGCCUGCUAUUCGUCUACUCAACUUCAGGCUUGCGAUGCAACCAACUUGCCCACUCUCAUACCCACCAGCUGUCCCGCUGGCAAUGUGUGUGUGAGUGGUGCGGCUGGUGCGCUCUGCGAGCCGAGUAGCACCACCACAGUAGCUGAUUGCCAGGACUGCAACAAGUGCGAUGCUAGCAUGACCUUUGCCUGCACCUCAACGAGCACCUUUGCGCUCUGCCUGGGCACGACCACACCUCAAACUUCGUUGGGCACCUGUGAAACGGGCUAUGUGUGCAACGUGAACAACGCGCUGAUCUGUGGAUCUGUGGCGACACAGGCUGUGCCCACCUGCUCGUAUGCAGAUGAUCCAACAACAACAACAGCGACGACACCCACAACACCAACAACAGCAGCCACGCCGUCGACGGAAAAUGCCAACGCCUACUGCUCGGCUGUGCGCUCGCGUGGCCCCUUUGCUGUGGGCAAUUAUACGGAGACAACUUGUCGGCAGUACAUCAGCUGCUACCUAUUGAACGGCGUUUGGCGAGGACAAAAAUACACCUGCCCGGGACGCACUUACUACAACCCGACCAGUCGCUUGUGCGUUACCGCAAUACCAACAACUUGCUUUACACCUACGUUCACCACCACAACGACUACAGUGGCUCCAACCACUAGCAAUCCGAAUGCCUAUUGCGCCCAGAUGCAGAUUGCAGAUUAUUUUCCCGUUGGCACCUUAGCCAGUAGCACGUGUCGUCAGUACAUCUACUGCUACAGGGUGGGCACCAGUUGGUAUGGCAGCCUGUACACCUGUCCGGGCAGCACGUACUACGACAGCGCUACCAAACAGUGCGUUGCAGCGCUGCCCGCACUCUGCACGGGUCGCAUAGCUAGCCUAAGUCUAAAUGGCAUAGAGCUGGAGUAA